AUGACUCCCCCACCUUCCUCGCUCUCUAUCCCUCCUCCAAUCCCCGUCGACACCCACCCAAACCGCGGCAACCCUUUUGAGCAGGACCGAAUCCCUGAUCCUAAUCGCCUGGCACCAGAAGAUGCAUACUUUGCGCCAUCACACUCCAAAGCUCGCUCUGCGCCUGGCAGUUAUAAUGAGAGUCUCCCUGUAAGCAGUGGUGGCACCUUGCGACCCCCGCGUGGGGUGUUGGAUACCGGGCGGAAGGACCCGCGGAAAUUGGGUAGUACGGGGGGACGGCGGAGGAGGAAAGGAGCUUGGAAGAAGUUGCUUUGGGUAAAACAAUCUUAUCCGGACAACUACACUGAUACGGAAACGUUCUUGGAUCAUCUUCAACGCAAUCCCCGAGUGCGGCCUUACGAUUUCUGGCCGCUGGUCUCUGAUUCGACCGUCAUCGUCCAACAUGUUUGUUCGGUUGUGAUAUUCGUUUGCUGUUUCGUCGGGAUCGUUCAGGACCGCGUGAGCCCCGUCUCUAUUGUUUGCUGGGGCAGCGUUGGGACGGCCAUGGGUUGGAUCCUCUGGGACAACUGGAUCUGGGAAGAGCAGACGGAGCUUUCUCAACUGGCUAAUGCAAACCUCGGUGAUGAUGGAUCCAGCUCAAGUUCUGGGACAAGCGCUGUUAACCCAGCUCCCCAUGAUUCGCUUCCUAGUGACCCGAAGAUCAGCGCCAUCCACGGGCUCGGGUUGACAAUGUCUGGCAAUGAGUCGAAGGAGAACUCGCCCAAUCGGAAUAAUGAUACCAAUGGAAAUUUAGAUACGACUUCUGCAUCACGACGCGAAUCUACGUCUACUUCUGCCAUGCGCAAUGCAGAUGACCCGGACGUCGACCGACCAUCAUUGUUCUCCUCACGCAACCAACAGCGUUUUUCUACUGUCAAAUCCGCCUUUUUAAUCUAUUUCGCGCUGUUGGGACUUAGUCCCAUCCUGAAAUCCCUUACCAAAUCAACUGCGAGUGACUCCAUCUGGGCCAUGAGCUGCUGGCUUUUAAUCAUGAAUAUAUUCUCUUUCGACUACGGAAGCGGCGAGGGCGCAGGCGCCACCACCAAGUUUCCUGCUUCUUUGUCUACCAACGCAGCUGUGAUGGCGUCUACUGUACUUGCGUCUCGCCUGCCGUCUACCACACAUGUGUUCAGUUUGAUGCUUUUUUCCAUGGAAGUAUUCGGGCUGUUUCCUAUUUUCCGUCGCCAACUCAGACAGAAGUCCUGGACUGGUCAUGCGAUGCUGACGCUCGCCCUGGUCAUCAUUGCUGGAGGCGCUGUCGGCAUGACCCUGAGUGGUGGAUGGGCAUCAGCCAUCAUUGGGUCUGUCCUCGGCGGCAUCCUUACAGCACUCGUGAUGGGUGGCUGUAGUUGGUGGCUCAUAGGGCUCCAGAAAUACAAAAAUGUGGUCAUUGGUCCAUGGGACCCAGCGCGACCAAUCAUUCGAAGACACUGGAACUGA